GGAGGCAGGCGCAGGCAGCAGCUCAGCAGGGCGAGCCGGCUGGCGGUGGUGGCUGCUGCUGCUGCUGCUGCUGCUGCUCUGGGCGCCCGGCCAUCGCCGCCGUCCCCGGGGAAGUGGCCCCGCGCGCGCCUGGCCCGCUCCUCCUCCCUCCUCCUCCUCCCUCCUCCUCCGGGGGCAGCCCUCGAGGGGCUUCUUCGCGGCGGCCGCCGCUGCCUCCCUCCCUCCGGCGGGGCUCCUCUGCUGCUGCUGCUGCUGCGGCCAAAGGAUUUGUAAAACUCUGGUAGACCGUGUGAGUUGUGGCCUACUCCAUUCCUGCUGUCUGUUUGCAGAGGAACUCUGUGAAGUGUGGAAGCUUGCAUUCAGCUUUCCCACCAGAAGCCAGCCUGCUAGACUAGGUCCCCCCGCCCUCUGUCAUUCUGGCUUCUCCAACCGCCACACCAGUGAAGCCGCUCUCCCACCAGCAUGGCGGACGAGGACCUGAUCUUUCACAUGGAAUGUCUCGACAAUGCAAAGUUAACAAAAGCCUCCUCUGGAAAUUACCACGAUGCCGAUAGCGAGGAGGAAGAUAAUUACUACAUCUGCCCGAUAACAGAUGACCCUGUGGCUAGCAAGGCGGCUAGUAGCAAAGUCAGCAACUAUUACAGCAACUUGGCAAAGAAUGGGCAGUAUUCCUCCAGCUCCUCUCCUCGGAACACUUUCCAUUUCAAGAAUGGCCCCCGGCAGCAUUCUAAGCAUGGCGCUGUGGUUGACCGUAGCCGGGAAGCUUGGAAGCAUGCCAUUGAGAAGGCCAAGCACAUGCCAGACCCCUGGGCAGAGUUCCAUCUGGAGGACGUUGAGACGGAAAAUGCCACCCGUUACAGAUACAAUGCUGUUACUGGAGAAUGGGUCGAGGAUGAGGUUCUGAUCAAAAUGGCUUCCCAGCCGUUUGGCCGCGGAGCGAUGCGGCAAUGCUUCCGAACGAAAAAGCUGUCCAAUUUUCUGCACACCCAGAACUGGAAAGGUGCCUUUAACUACGUGGCCAAGCGUUACAUAGAGACCGUAAACAGAGACGUCUACUUUGAGGACGUGCGGCUCCAGAUGGAGGCCAAGCUGUGGGGGCAGGAAUAUAACCGGCACAAGCCCCCCAAACAGGUGGACAUCGUCCAGACCUGCAUUCUCGAAAUGAAGAACCGGCCCGGCAAACCCCUCUUUCACUUGGAACAUUACAUCGAGGGCAAAUACAUCAAGUACAACUCGAACUCGGGAUUUGUACGAGAUGACAACAUUCGCCUCACCCCGCAGGCCUUUAGCCAUUUCACGUUUGAACGCUCUGGACACCAGCUGAUUGUGGUCGACAUCCAAGGAGUUGGAGAUCUCUACACAGACCCUCAAGUCCACACAGAGAGUGGCGCAGACUUUGGGGAUGGCAACCUAGGUGUGCGGGGGAUGGCGUUGUUCUUUCAUUCCCACUCCUGCAACAAGAUUUGCAAAAGCAUGGGACUGACGCCUUUUGAUCUCUUCUCCAAGGAGAAAGAUGCCUUAUUUCGAAGUAACAAGCUGCUGGAAUCUGCUAAGACGAUGGUGCGGGGCACGGAAGAGAAAUGUGGCAGCAGCCGUGUGAGGACGAUCUCUGGCAGCCGCCCUCCCCUGCUGUUCCGUUUGUCUGAAAACUCUGGCGAUGAAAGCAUGAGCGACGUGCCCUUUGACUCGCUACCCAACUCUCCAUCUUCAGCAACACCCCACAGCCAAAAAAUUGACAGUCCUCACUGGCCUGUGUUCAAUGAAGUGGACAACUUGGUCCACAAAGAUCACGAGGGCCUCGACAACCAAAGGGACUCUGAAAAUGGAGGGGACAGUGGCUACCCCAGUGAAAAGAGGAGUGAACUGGAAGAUGGGGAUCACCGAGAAAGGGGCCAUUCCAAUGACAACCGAAGACACGAAUCAGAUGAAGACAGUCUGGGCAGCUCAGCAAGGGUCAGUGUGGAGAGAUGGAAUCUCUACAACGCAGCCAGAGUGCACAUUCACAGACCGUCCUGUGUUGCGGUGGAAGUUCAGAGGCUCAAUGCUUUGGAGCUUGAGAAGAAAAUUGGAAAGUCCAUCCUUGGGAAGGUCCACUUGGCCAUGGUUCGCUACCAUGAAGCUGGCCGUUUCUGCGAAAAAGACUCAGAGUGGGAUCAAGCGUCGGCUGUUUUUCACCUGGAGCAUGCCGCUGACUGCGGGGAACUGGAGGCCAUUGUUGGCUUAGGACUCAUGUAUUCUCAGCUGCCACAUCACAUUCUUUCUGAGAUCACACUAGAGGACACAGAGGAAAACAGAAUCAAAGGAUUUGGAUAUUUAUACAGAGCAGCAGAGGCUGGAGAUCGGCCUUCCAUGAUCUUUGUUGCAAGAGCAUAUGACACAGGCCUAAACCUUGCUCCUGACAGAGGCCGGGACUGGAAGGAAGCCCUCCACUGGUACAACGCUGCAUUGAACAUGACUGAUUAUGACGAAGGCGGCGAAUACGACGGCACUCAAGAUGAGCCUCGCUAUCUGCUCCUGGCAAGGGAAGCGGAGAUGUUGAUGGCUGGAGGGUUUCGCCUGGACAAGGACCCGCAGAGAUCAGGUGAGCUGUACACGGAAGCUGCGGAAGUCGCUAUGCAAGCCAUGAAGGGCAGAUUGGCUAAUCAGUACUACCAGAAAGCUGAAGAAGCCUGGGCCAUGAUGGAGGAGUGAAACUUGAAAACCAAGCGGCUUUCUUGUGUAUAUAUCCGUGCAGAUAAUUGUUUUUUAAAGACUCUUGUUUUUGUUUGGAGGAGGAAGAAAAAAAGGUGUAUUUUUAUGUGGCGUUCCCUGGUGUUUUUCAUAUGGCAAUUUUCUAACUAUUCCAACUGAAAGAAGAUCAAGAAGCAGCAGCGUGUACUUUGCUACCAAAAUUUCAGAGCUUCUGUUUCGAUCACCGUGGGUAUUUUGCAAAACUGCUCCACCAGAAAGGCCUAGUUCAUUUGGAAGGGGGGAAAGCUGAUAUCCACUUGAAGUGCAUAUUUUUAAGUUAGACACAACGGAAGGUUGCCACACAGGCAUCUUUCACCACUGCCUCACUCUCUCUGUUAUGAAAUGCAGAUUUUCUAUGGUUGGUCUUCUCUUUUUAAACAAAACAAAAAAAGUGUACUUGUCUCACGUUGAGAUUUGAUUCUCAACUUAGGUUGAGGACCUGAAGAAGGUGGAGAAGCCCCACAAUUCUCUGCCCGAGGGCAGUCAAGAAUUAGGAAGCCCCCUUCCUCAGCACUAGGAAGUAGCAACUGUUUGACGGUAGCAUCCAAGCACGUAGCUUCUCUCUUCACAUUGCAGCUGUUGCUGCCUGCAGGUUAUGGGGCAGGAGGCUUUAUGCCCCAUGGACUUUUGCUUGCUGUCCUCUCAACUUGAUUACAUCUUCCUUCUGUGGAUAAAACUUUUAAAAAACUUUUUUAAAGAGUAGUGAUUCUCUCCUGUUCCAGUACAUCCCGAAGUGUGUGAUUUUUAGGAUCCCCUUCAAACAUUCAGAGGACUGCGCCCCUUUAGUGUGCACAGGGCGAUCGCUUGUCUGAAAGUAGCCUAUGAGUCCCCCUCAAUAGUUCCUUGUGGAAGAGCAGCUUAGGCUUUCUUCUCCCUAAUAAGUAAACAUUCCCGACUUUGGAAAUACCAUUUUGACGGGAGGUUGUCAACUUUCAAACAAAUGAUAUUCCAUGUGCAUUCUGAGGUAUUACAACCCUGUGAGAAGGCUGUACCAGGUAGCCUUCUGGAUUGUUAAAUCAGUUCCUGAUGAACAAUUGAUGUAAACUCGAGAACAGGGAUUUUGCUUUUGUAUUUUUGGAUUGUAAUAACACGGAUCUGUUCUGAGAAAUACCUGUGUAAAACAGCAUCGGAGAGUUUCAGGUUUAUAUAGUCCUGGUUAAUGCAAUUUCAAAUGAUGAUUUUCUUGACUAAGAGCCUUAACAGUCGACCUGGGAUAUUGCUAAGACCAACUGAUAAAAAGCAAAGGUUGACUGCCCAUUUCACCUAAUAUCAGAGUUCAGGGGUGUGUAUGUCGUUCAGUAAAGAUCCCCUUCAUUGUCUUUCUAGUGCUAAUGAGAAGAAAGCAGGAAUAAAGUUGAGAUGACUUGAUGCAGCUGCAGCAAAUAAAAUGAACUGGUGGAAAUUAAAAGUAUAUAGACAUUAUUUUGAUUCCUCCCAAUAUUGCAAUCUUAUGUGAACUGACUUGGAAGUGAAUCCCUUUAAACUCAUGUCAGAGUCACUACACUAUAGAUUUUCACUAGAGAUUUUACUUGCUUGCAUCACUGCCUUUUGUGGAUUCCACUUGCUCAUGUUUUCCCAGGUAAUUAAUCUUUCUAAAAGUGCAGAACUCAGCUUCUUGUUAUCAGUACUUCAUCUUAAGAAAUCCUCCGACUGGAUUGGGGCCUUUUGGGGGUAUAAUCUACAGUGAGAGAGGCUAGAGGAGAUUGGUGAUUUGUGGCAAGUCCUCAGAAUGUGUGAACUCGUUACAGGUGUGUUUGAGCUCGUAGCAAAAGCCUCACCAACCCCCAAGGCUUGAAUUCCUGUGUUUUGGUUUACAUGGUCCGGUGCAAAAUUUGGAAGCACAAGAACACGAGGAUGGGUACAUAUUUCAAUAAACGCCUGCAGAAUAAUCUUA